GUGAAUGUUAUUUUAUUUUUUUCUGACGAUAGUUGUGAUUUAUUGCAGAUUUUACAAAUGAAGGAGUGUGUUGUGUAUUUAGCUUGAAUUAAAACAAUGUUGUGCCUUAUUGAUUAGUGCUUUUGUUAACUAAUUGUGCUUAGUGUUGUAAAAUAAGUUUCCUGCCUUCGGGAACCGAGGAUGAUCUCAUUGACGCUCUGACGUUUCGUUCCCUACUGAGAUCUUGCUUCGUUUUAUUAUUUUUACGAUUCACUAAGUCCAAUGACCUUGUUAGUAGCUUAUAAAUAAUAUUGGCGAAUUAAAUUAUUCAAUAUGAAGAAGCAGUUCUUUAGGGUUAAACAACUCGCCGACCAAACGUUUUCAAGGGGCGGUAAAGGCGAAGCGCUCACGGAUGAGCUUCAGACGGCGGAUCGAAAAGUAGAGCAACUAAGAAAUGCCUUACAACUAGUUAGUAAGAGGCUGGCCACUGGAGCUGGUGGCACCCAGGGGCAGGACCCUGCAGCCCGGGAGAAAAGGCUGAAAAAACUUCCAGAAUAUAUGCUCGGUUUAUCAAUGGUGGAAGCUAGCAACUAUGAUGAUGAUGAGAGUGUCCUGAAACACAUCCUAUUUGAAUGUGGUAAAACUGAAAAAUACCUAGCUAAUGAAAUAGCAGAGCAUGAAGUUAAAGUGGAGCAACUAGUAAUUGCUCCACUGUCAACAAUCAGCGACCAUGAUCUCCCAGCUAUACUGAAGACGAAGAAGCAUCUUAGUAAACUCAUAAGUGAAAAGGAAUCUGCGGCACACAAAUAUCAUCGAGCAAGAGAAGAGAACCCAGCUAAACUGAGCGCAGCACGGGAGGAAUUAGAGGAAAUCGGAAUAAAAGUGGAGUCAGCCAGGGACAGUCUGGCCGCAGAGAUGUUUAGUCUAGUCGCCAAAGAAGCGGAGAUGGCCCACAUACUGCUGCAGUAUGUGAAGCUACAGCGGGCGUACCAUGAAUCCGCGUUGCAUUCGUUACAAGACACUGUGCCAGAGCUGGAAAAAUUCAUAAAUGACAGCGCAGUGAAACGUGUAUUCGGAUACCCGUUAGAAGAUCACCUGCGGGUAACGGGGCGCACGAUAGCCUUCCCCAUCGAGCUGUGCGUGUGUACGUUACACGAACUGGCGCUCAACGAGGAGGGGCUGUUCCGGAUAGCGGGCGGUACGUCAAAAGUGAAAAGGAUGAAGUUGUCGCUGGACGCGGGGCUGUUCAACGUGCCGCUGCCGCCCGACUACCGCGACAUGCACGUGGUCGCCUCCGUGCUCAAGUCGUACCUGCGCGAGCUGCCCGAGCCGCUGCUCACCUACCGCCUCUACGAGCACUUCCUCGCCGCCUCGCGCCAGCCCGCGGACAACGCGCGACUCAACACGCUGUGGGAGGCCGUCCAUCUCCUCCCCGAAGCCAACUUCCACAACCUCAGGUACCUCAUCAAGUUCCUGUCCGCUCUCACGCAGAAUCAGGCCACCAACAAAAUGACACCCUCCAACUUGGCCAUCGUUAUCGCGCCCAAUCUUCUCUGGGGGCCGCACGAGAACAGCGCCUUCGACAUGAACGUCACCACCGCCGUCAACUGCGUCGUGGAACUCCUCAUUAAACACGCCGACUGGUUCUUCAAUGAGGAGAUAAAUUUCUUCAUUUCCUUCACUAAGGAGGAUCUGCUUCCCGAUCAGUGCGAGUACGGGUUCACAUCGGGCUUCGGGCCCGGUUUCCCGCAGACCGCGGCCCUGCAGGAGCACUCCAAUGGGGACUACACCAGCAUGAGCCGCUCCAUGCUCGAGUACGACCGGCGCGGCGAGCCCGGCCGCCACUCGCGCAGCAACAGUCACGACACCAGCCUCAUUUUACUCGAGAACGAUAUCAAGAAGGCGCAAUCGAACAGCUCCCUCUCCGACCAGUCUAGUCCCCCGCUCGGCAGCCCGAAACCCAUCAUGAGAAGAAAAAACAAACCGCUGGCUCCCGUCCCGCCCAACUUCACUCCGGACAAAAAUAAAAAGCCCGAAGCGCAGCCGGAGCCCUCGAAAGAGGCGGACAAGCCGGCGAAACCGCCCCGGCCCGUCAUCUCCGACAGCGGAAAAGUCAUCUCGGGCGUGCAGACCAUCAACCGGUCCACUUACAGGCAGAGCAAGGCGCUGAAGGACGAGGCCCGGGGCAGCCGGGAGAACCUCUUCGAGGCGAGGCGGCAGAGCAUAGAAAUGGAGAAGGAUAAAUUCGAAAGCAUAAAAGCCCUGGAGGACAGGAGCGAUUCGACUCUAGUCGUUAAAAACGUGACCGCGCAGACGGGAGUCGUCGGCCGGAUGAAGGUGACGGAAGGCAUCAGCGGGCCCUCGUCGCUCGGCGGGCAGCCCGCGCGGCCCGCCGCCAAGCCGGCCGGCCAGCCGCCGCCGCGGCCCGUCGCCGCGCCGCGCACCAUCAUACCCAGCGCGGACGACGCGGGGGAGGUGCAGCUGAGGAACAAGCCCGCGGUCCCCGAGCGGCCCGCCACGCUCCGCCCGCAGAGCUUCCGCGGCGCGCGCGGCUCCAGCGACUCGGACGUGACGCCGACCGUGCUCGAGCGCACGCACAUAUACAGCGUGGACAGGCAGCAGCCGACGAUGAUCCGGGUCGGGCCGGCGGACGAGGAGGGCGGCUCGCGCGUCACCGUGCAGCGCACGCACAGCUCGGGCGGCAAGGACGCCGAGCUCGACGAGCACAAGGCGCUGACGAGCGCCACGCGGCAGCUGUCGCAGUCGGAGGGCAGCAUAACGGAGGUGCCGCUGUCGCCGCGCGCGCCCACGGCGCGGCCGCCGCGGCCGCAGGUGCCGGCGCCGCCGCCGCCCGUGGCCGCGCCGCUCGCCACGCACGAGAGCACGGACCUGUAGCCGCCGCGCCGGCCCAGAGAUCAUCAGUAUUACGCGGCACCGACUCGGUCUCGACGCGCGUCGGCGUCGAGAUCGACUCGCGCGCCUUUUCUAAUUGAUCACAUCUCAUGACAGAUUAGCAUUAGUAGCCGGUGCUUCCGAUUCGAGGAACCUCUCUCUGUAGCUGGAACGU